CUGAACUAUUCUUUAGUUAUGUUUGCGAACUCUGUAAUAAUAAAUGGAUAGCAAAUAAAAAAUUACUGGGCCCAGUAACAUUUGUUACAAAUUUCAGCUAGACUUCAAGUUUGUCCAAUUUAUAAAAAUAUAUUUUUUAUAUAAAAACUUAAAAUUUUCCUGCCGAAUUAUAGGAAUUUUCAAGCAAAUUUAUUAAAACUACAACAAAUUACAGCGAAAUUGAAAUUUAAAAUAUUUUACAAUAAUAUGGAUAAUUCUGCUAUACCUUUAACAGCAGCAAAUGAAAACUGUUUGGAUCAGGAUAAAUUAAAAUCGCAAGAAGUGGUUGCCAAAACAUUAGAUCAUUCCCCAGGCAGAACAAGUGUUAAAAGUUUUAAAGCAACUGUAGCACCAAAAGCAAGUUCAAAAUCUAUACCUAAAUUAAAAGACAAUAAAUCUCCGAAAAGUACCACAAAGAAUGGCAAUAAAAGUCAAACAAGUCUUGUUAAAAAUGAAGAUCGUUUGCACACUUCUGUGAUACCAACCAAGAAAACUCCCUCUCCAGUAGCUAAUAAAUCACCCAAUACCAUAAAGUCUCAGGCAAAGUCGAAAAUACCUUUUAUGAAAAAAUCACCUAGUUCCAGUUCCAAUACGAAUAGCAUAUCAACAGCACAGAAUGUAGCUAAAAAAUUACCUCCACAAUCUGGAAAAAUUCCCCAACAAAAGCUUACAGCGGAGAUGAAGGCGCUCGAUAUAAAGCAGCAACAUUUGAUGAACUCCAAGUCCAAAACAAGUCAAAGUAGAUCUUCAUCGCCACAGCUGAAUAAAACGCCAAGUAGCAUUUCUAAAUCUAGUUUUAUAACAUCAAGUCCAACUGUGCAGCAAAAGAAAAGGAUUGCUAAAAAUCAAACAGCUCGUUCCAAUUCGGAGACGCCCGUUUCGGUAGCCAAUAAACGGAGUGCUUCCAACAUAUCCACACGUAGUACACCUUGUCCCAAAAGCAAAGAAAUGCACGAAACGAAUUUACGCAAAAUGAUUUCAACGGCAGGAGAUCAUAAUAAAAUGGAGAAAUUGGAUUCUGACAUAAAACCACAAGAAGCCAAAAAUCUUAAGGAACUCCCGGAAGAACUUGUGAAUGAUAAAUCAGCGGAAUCACUCAAUGAAUUUAAGACUAAAAUAAAUAUGUAUAUGGAUCAAUGGUUUUCUCCCUUUAAGGAGGAGUUAAAUGUGUGUGAUAAAAACAAUUUACAGAACAUUGAAAAGUUUCAAAAGAAAUUAGAGGAAUUGCAGAUCCUGCAAUCCAAUGAUAUUUUAGCCUUAAUAGAUGAUAUGUCUGCUGUUACCAAGGAUAACUGUGAUGUGGAAAUGAUUAAUUUAAAACGCAAGUUAGAGGAAAGUAAUAAAGCUUUAAGAAAUUUGGAGGAAAAGUAUAACGAUUUAAGCAGACAAUAUGAAGAGGAAGUUGGCAAAUGGGAAAGGGAUUUAAAGGAGAAGAGUAGAUUGGAUUUGGGGGAAAUAAAAGAGCUGCAAAAGAAGUUAAAAAUGCAGGAAAAGCUAACGAAAUCUACGAUACAAAAUGUGGAAAAGGAAAAAGAAAAUUUACUAGCGGAGAAAAGCUCACUACAGGAAGAACUUAAUACUUGUAGGGAAAGUUUGAACAAUACAAAUGCCAAAUUUCAAACCAUGGAACAGCAAUUAAAUCAUUUGAAAAAGGAGUUGAAGCUGAAAUCUGAAACAAUUAAGAAAUUUGAAAGUGAUUUAGAGUCUAAAAAGAAAUUGGAAAUAAAUUUAAAAGAAAUGUCCAAUAAACUGGAAGAACUAGAAGCUAAAGUAAAGAGUAAAACUCACAAUGAAUGUGUGGAACAUUUGAAACAAAUUUCAGAACUUACAAACAAAAUCAAUUGCUUAGAAUCAGAAAAUCAAGCCAAGUUACAAGAAAAAGAUAAACUGGAACAGGAACUAAACGAUUUGAGAAAUGUUAAUAAAAAACUUCAGCAAACCGAGCUUAAAUUGCAAGACCUACAAAAGGAAUAUGAAGCCAAGGCCAAUACUUCUGAGCUGGUGCCCGAUUAUUCUAAAGAAGUGCAGCUAGAGUUCGCCAAAUUUCGCCAAUCCGAGGUGGAGAAACGUCGUGAAAUUGAUAAAUUAAAAGUAGAACUAUCCAAAGCUCAAUUCAAUAUGUGUCAGCUGGAACAGCAAAUACAACGUGAUCAACAAUUGCUGGAAGUACGCAGUGAUCUCAUCAAUUCUUUGCAAUCGAAUGAAAAGACUCAUCGUAUACACAUUGAGGAAUUAUUUGCCCAAGUGGGAGAGAAGAACAGCACCAUAAAUGAGCUUAAUCGUGAAUUGCAAGCCAAAUCUGAAGAAUUUCGCAAUUUAUUUACCACCUUAAGUGCUAAACAAAUGGAAGUGGCCAAUCAGGAGCAUAUAAUCAAGCUAUUGGAGGAGAGUAAUGAACGCAGCCAAAUGUUGAGAGUCAAACAGGAGGAGAAAAUUGGCCGCAUGGAAGAGGAGUUGACACAUCUCAAGCAGACCAUCGCUAUUUAUCAAACGAAUAUUUUGUCAGGCAAAAAUGGCAAACAUUUACUCUUCUCCCCUGUUUUACCGCCCAGUAAUGUGGACUAUAAUGAAAAUUUCUAUUAUUAUGCCAGUCAACGCAAACGAAAACGUCAAGUGGAUAUAAAUGUCAAGAAAUAUGAAGCUUGAUGAGUUAUUAGAGAAGUCAUGAAUGUUUUUGUUUUGUAAAUUGUAAUGUUUGUUGUGAUAUGUUUUUUUUUAUUGGUGGGAAAUUGCAAUUGAAAACAAUAUUUAAUAAAUUUCUUCAAGAAUUUUGUUUAA